AUGAGACCCAUCCUUCUUUCCGGGCACGAGCGUGCUCUCACCCAGAUCAAAUAUAACCUCGACGGCGACCUCAUCUUCUCUGUCGCAAAGGACCAGCAGAUCUGUGUCUGGUUCUCUCACAAUGGCGAGCGUCUAGGAACCUACCACGGCCACGUCGGUGCCAUCUGGACCGUUGACGUCGACCCGACCUCCACCUACAUCGCCUCUGGUUCAGCCGACAACACUAUCCGCCUGUGGGAGGUCCAGACCGGCAAGUGCCUCAAGACUUGGGAGUUCCCUACCGCUGUCAAGCGCGUCGAGUUCAACGAGGAUGGCACCAAGCUGCUGGGCGUCACCGAGAAGCGUAUGGGUUACCUCAGCAACAUCGUCGUUAUCGACAUCAACCCGGAUAUCACCGCCGAGCAGACUGACGAGAAGUCCCUGACCAUUGUCUGCGACGAGAGCAAGGCCACUGUUGCUGGCUGGAGCCAGGCUAGCAAGUACAUCAUCGCCGGCCACGAGGACGGCAGUGUCAGCCAGUACGACGCCAAGACCGGUGAACUGCUGGACAACGUCCCCAUCCACGAGCUCGACAAGCCCAUCGUCGACCUGCAGUGGUCACCCGACAGGACCUACUUCAUCACUGCUUGCCGAGACAAGACUGCCAAGCUCAUCUCUGCUCGCGAUCUCGCCACCCUUAAGACAUACACGGCAGACACUCCCCUUAACAGCGCCACCAUUACCCCCAAGAAGGACUUCGUUAUCCUCGGAGGUGGUCAGGCCGCCAUGGAAGUCACCACCACUUCCAGUCGCCAGGGUAGAUUCGAGGCUCGAUUCUACCACAAGGUCUUCGAAGACGAGAUUGGCCGUGUCCGUGGCCACUUCGGUCCCCUCAACACCGUCGCCGCUGACCCUACUGGCCGCUCCUACGCUAGUGGAGGUGAGGACGGUUACGUCCGUGUCCACCACUUCGACAAGGGCUACUUCGACUUCAACUACGAGGUUGAGAGGGAGCGACUGAACCGAGACGCCUAA